AUCUUUUGACUUGAUCAUGGACCACACUGACAGAAGAAGGAGCUUUCCAUAAACUUCGUAUUCUUUUCAUUUGUAUUGUUGUAGUACUUACCCCUUUGUCCAUCCUUCCUCUUGAGCUUUCCCAUCUUUGUCGACAAAGACGUAGAUAAUACGAUGAAAAGAGGACUCAUUAUUUCGAGGUGCAUACAUUUGCAAUAAGAAGUUCUUAUUGGAGCCACACUUCUCCUUUAUAGAAGCUACAUCUUUCGACCGAAGAAGUAGAGGAGGACCUCCAACUCGACUACAUUCCACGUCCAGCAAAUCGCUUUGCUUAAGGCUACCUUCCGCUAAAAAGCCGAGAUCUAUGUCUUCCAUAUUCGAGAGUUGAAUUACAAGAUUAACAGUGAUGAACGAGCAAAGAAAGGCGUUGGCCUUGGUAUUUGGUUAGGUGCAAAUGACAGUUAGAGGCUGUAUAUGAGAAAUUCGAUGGAAUGAACAGAAAAUAAAAUAAACACUGCUUUAAGUACGUGCUCUAAUGGAGAAGAAGAAAAAGGAGUUUGAUAAAUUUUAUUAAAUAUCUGUUCCUUACACAAAAAUAAUAGACACUUACAAAAGGCAAAACACCAGAAAUCCGGAGAUGGACUUUUUAAAAAGGCAUGUUUAAAAAAAAAAAAAAAAAAUACCUGAAAUAUACGAAAAGGAACUUUAACGUAUUUGAUAACUAGAAGUUCCAUCCAUGCCUUCCAGCAUUUCCAAAAUUUGACAGUCGAAUAUGCCGUUCCAGGAUAAAACUCGAUCGUGAUGCCAGGAACAGUUUUCCGAAAGAUCAAAGAACUUUACAGUAUCAUCACUGCUUGCAACGACAAUACUGUUACCAGGAACCUGCUUCUUUCGUACAUCAUCAUACGUACAAGUCAUAAUAGAAUGCACACAUCGAGUAUCAGAGAUUCUCGGUAGAACAGAAACGAGGCAUUUUAAAUGAGGCCAGCUAUAAAUAGCAAUUCGAUGUUGAACACUUUCCACCGAAUAACCAAAAGUUACGCAAAACUCUUUAUACUUUGGGGACCAAUGGAUUGAAGUAAUCUGUGCACCACAAUAGAGCUCAGAUAUUUUUUUUCCGCUGUUGCAAUUAUAAAAUCGGACAUGUUUGUCGUGUGAGCCGGCUCCUGUAGCGAGCAAAGAUUUUUGCCAGGGACAAAAAGAUAUUGCCUUGACUGCAGCAUCGUGCUGCCAAACAAAAAGUGGCUUCUGCCAUUCAGAAGAAUUAAAAAGGCAAACUCGAUUAUCGUUUCCUCCCGUAGCAAAUUGAGUGCCGUCAUGAUUCCAGGCCAAUCCACAAACCUGCUCUUCAUGAGCAGUAGUAAUUGUUCCAACCUUCGUGGCUUUAAUCGUGGAAUCGGACCACAGUAUAUCAUAGAUUACAACCUCUCCAUUUCCUUUUCCGAUUAUAAUACAAUUCGUGUCCAGUACAGGUUUCCACGCCAUACAGCCGAUAUCGCCUGGAUGAUAAAUGGAAAUUCUGGGCCGAACUUCCCCUCUUCCAAAAAACUGGAUGGUUCCAUCAAUUCUUCCUGCAGCAAGAAUAGUACCGUCAUACGAGUAGGCAAGACUACUUACAUCGUACAUGCUGGUUUCCAAAACACCAACAGGUCCUAAUCCUUCUGUCCAUAAACACACAUUUUCGGCAAGACCAAUAGCUAGGUCACCGCGCGGAGACCAUGCAAGUAAUGUGGUAUAAAAAUCGUCUCGUAACUCGGGAGCGUCAAGGAUUCGAAAAGGAAGAAUUUGGUCCGGAGUAUGCUUCUUUUUGCAUGUAUUGGUUUUUGACUCUAAGGUUAUUGGAAUAAUGCUGGAAGGAGAAGAUGUUUCUGGAGAAAAACGAAAUACAUGACUUGUCUUAUCAAUCUCUAAAACAUGUUCCAGCAAACGAUUGUAAGGGCAAUUAGAAUCUUUCUCCAAACGACUGUCGGAGUGAUCCCUGGUAUCUUUUUUUUGUAAAUAUGGAUUUUCCAGGGGAUCCUGUCGACAUAGCAAUAGAGCAUCAGAGCUCGAGGACAAAGGGAGAAAACGAUCCAAGUCUGUUCUUGCCGUUGAAACGUUUCUUCUUCCACCAGGACGACGGCUAGGAAACCGAUUAUAUCUCAAAAAAUGAUUAGAAGAGUUUAAUAUAGGUCCUGGGGGCGAGGAAGCCGCAGAUACAAUCGAUCGCUCCGGAGCUGCAUUUCCAUAUAGAGUUGAUAAAGGAGAAUGCAUUCCUAAAAGACGAUAAUAAAUCCAAUUGAAACUGCAGCGAGUGUACUGUCCUCGCAAAUUGCCUCGUUUGUGGACGGAGUGAUUGAUUUAAUGAGUCUAACAACUAUAGACAAAAGUAAACAAAUCAUCCUUACCGGCCAACCAUAAUAAGCAGGAAAUGAUAACUCAAAUCAAAAAGGAUAUUUUUAAAAAAGACUAUUCGCAUGUGAUACUUCAUUUUUUAUAUCAACUUGUAUUUUAGGACUUUCUCUGACUGGUAUUGAAAAGAUUAAAGACGAACAACUGACUACGGCCAUGGAAUUAAAUGCAAGAUAUGCAUGUCUCAUAAAUUGCACAGAAAAUGAGAGUAUUACUACGUUACUGGUAAUCCAAGGUCUUGUCUAAUCACCGUAAAGAAAAGCAAACAUGCCGCAAAUUGCAUAUGAAUUAUCACUUUAAGCUUUCAAUAAGGAUUCGUAGCAUAUUCUUUAGAAAGACUUUAGCUAAACAAGUCAGCGUUGAAGGAGAAAGACUUUUUGCACGACGACUACAAAGAGACGAACGAAAACUUCAUUAAAGUACUACUAUAAUGGAGAUAAUAAUAAAUCGGGAUUAUAACAUUGAAUGAACGAUCUAUUUAAUGUAAACAGAGAUCAUCGAAUGUGAAGUUGAUUUUUAUUUACUUUCGAAAAACAAAAUAAGUGUAGAAAUAAGCGAAAGGGUAAACCUAAAUUAACGCAGUCAUUUGUUCCUCGUUAACACGUGACUGCUUUUUUCCCGUACAGGAAACUGGGCAAACAGUGAGAAAACCUGCCGGGAACCUCAACGCAAAAUGAAGUUGAACAUUUCUUAUCCAGCAAAUGGUACUCAAAAGCUGAUUGAAAUCGACGAUGAUCGUCGUCUCCGCGUCUUCAUGGACAAGAGAAUGGGCCAAGAAGUUCCCGCAGACUCUGUAGGCCCCGAAUUUGCGGGCUACGUUUUCAAGAUCACCGGUGGUAAUGAUAAGCAAGGUUUCCCCAUGUUCCAAGGUGUCUUGCUUCCCCACCGUGUUCGUCUUUUGCUUCGUGCUGGUCACCCUUGCUAUCGCCCUCGUCGUGAUGGUGAGCGCAAGCGUAAGUCCGUUCGUGGUUGCAUCGUCAACCAAGACUUGUCUGUUCUUGCUGUCGCCAUUGUUAAGCAAGGCGAGCAAGACAUUCCCGGUUUGACCGAUACUACUGUCCCCAAGCGUCUUGGACCUAAGCGUGCCUCCAAGAUUCGUCGUUUCUUCAAUUUGAGCAAGGAAGACGAUGUUCGCCAAUUCGUCAUCCGCCGUGAGGUUCAGCCCAAGAAGGAAGGCAAGAAGCCUUACACUAAGGCUCCUAAGAUCCAACGCCUUGUUACUCCCAGAACCCUUCAACACAAACGUCACCGCUUCGCUCUCAAGCGCAGACAAGCUGAAAAGAACCGUGAGGCUGCUGGUGAAUUUGCUCAGUUGAUGGCCAAGCGCGUUGCUGAACAAAAGCAAAAGAAGGAAGUUGUCAAGGCUCGUCGUGCCUCUUCCUUAAAAAAUUAAGGCUGACAUAUCCACAAAGUAACUAGGUCAUCUAUAUAAUAAUGUUUUCAUUUGGAUUUUCAUUGGGACCUGGAACUGUCUGAAUUUUUCCUCAAACUUUAGUUUUUUAAAAGUGCAAUUGUAACUCAGCAAAAACCAAUGUAUCUUUAAAAUAUUAAAAUAUCACUGAUUGAAAAACUUGGAAAGCAAACGUAGAAUAAGUCUUAGAGGUUGGGCAAAUUUGGAUAGAAGAAAUAAUGCCUCUUUUUACAUAUUUGCCCAUAAGGGCCAUAUUAAUGGAAUAAAUGCUACGAUAUAAC